GCCCGGUAGGCUAGCUGUGGCAAGUCGGAAGCGUUCGCAUCAGCUAGGCAGCGGCCGGAGCGGCGGCGGCGGCGGCGGCGGCGGCGGGGCCAGGACGGGAGCGGAAAGGGCCGGCCAGGGAAGGCUGCUCUCCCCUUGCGACUGGCGAGCCAGCCUGACAGCGCGAUCUGGGUGCGGAGCCCCAACUCUGCCCUGCCCCGGAUUUCAUUCCGCGGCGGGGGGCUCGGCGAGCGGAAUUCCGGCGGCUGCCGCGACUCCGGUGCAAGGCGAGGGCAGCAUGAACAUCCAUAAAUGUGCCUCUGGGCAUAUUUAGCCAUUCGUUUUUGAUUAGGAAAAAGAAGGCGGCCAUCCACUUGAAAGCACAGAACACACCUUGGGGAUGAGAGUUGGAUUACAUGGAAUGUUGCCCAGUGAAAUUCCGGCGGGUGCCAAAGAAAUGCUCUGUGGAGUGACUGCCUGAUCCCGAGAUUACGUUCCUGCUUGCCUCAUGGGCAAAGCUGCAGUGACCGAAGGAGUUGUGGAUUUUCUGAGUUUCAAGAACAGUGAAGUAGGAGAUAGCAGAGAGUGUAUAAAAGAACAUAUUGGAAGGAAGACUGAUAAAGAGAAAUAACAGGAUUCAGGUACACCAUUGAGUUCUUUGGGAUGCACAAAAGUGUCUGGCUGGGAAGCUUCUGAAAUAGAAGACAAGACCCUGCCUCAGGAAGCGUACAUGAGAAUAAUUUUAAAGGAACCCAGCGAUAAAUGCAAAACAGUAGCUGUUGGAGAAGGAAGAAUCUUGUUCAAAAAUGAGGUGAAUUAAUGCUCAAGCACUCAACAACCCCGGACAGCUACAUGAAGUGUUUAAAAACUGCCCUGACCACCUCGCCACACAAGUCUGUCAUGAGGCCUGACAGGAUGAGUGCACCACGGAGGCACAGUGUCCUGCCCUGCAGGAACGGUGACUGCUGACCUGCCGGGAGCAAGCGGGGGGCCGCAUGUUGUCUGCCAGUACAAUGAAGGAAGUGGUUUAUUGGUCACCCAAGAAGGUGGCAGACUGGCUGCAGGAGAAUGCUAUGCCAGAAUACUGUGAGCCUCUGGAACAUUUCACAGGCCGCGACUUGAUCAACCUAACCCAAGAGGAUUUCACAAAACCCCCCCUGUGCCGAGUCUCCUCCGACAAUGGGCAGCGGCUCUUGCACAUGAUAGAGACCCUGAAGAUGGAGCACCACUUGGAAGCACACAAGAACGGCCACGCCAAUGGGCACCUCUGCAUUGGCACAGACGUCCUCGCCCCUGACGGCAGCUUCAGCAUCAAGGUCAAACCCAACGGGAUGCCAAAUGGGUAUAGGAAGGAGAUGAUAAAGAUCCCCAUGCCAGAACCAGAACGCUCCCAGUACCCCAUGGAGUGGGGCAAGACUUUCCUGGCCUUUCUUUAUGCACUUUCCUGCUUUGUUCUCACCACAGUGAUGAUCUCGGUCGUCCAUGAACGAGUACCUCCUAAGGAGGUGCAGCCUCCACUACCGGACACGUUUUUUGACCAUUUUAACCGGGUGCAGUGGGCCUUUUCUAUUUGUGAAAUUAAUGGCAUGAUCCUUGUAGGACUCUGGUUAAUUCAGUGGCUGCUCUUAAAAUACAAGUCUAUUAUUAGCAGAAGAUUUUUCUGCAUAGUUGGCACGCUGUACCUGUAUCGGUGUAUUACAAUGUAUGUAACUACACUCCCAGUACCCGGUAUGCAUUUCAACUGCUCUCCGAAGCUUUUCGGAGACUGGGAAGCCCAACUGCGGAGAAUAAUGAAGCUCAUUGCUGGCGGUGGCCUGUCCAUCACGGGCUCCCACAACAUGUGUGGGGACUACCUGUACAGCGGCCACACGGUCAUGCUCACACUCACCUACCUAUUUAUCAAAGAGUAUUCCCCUCGACGACUGUGGUGGUACCACUGGAUCUGCUGGCUUCUCAGCGUGGUUGGAAUCUUCUGUAUUCUCUUGGCGCAUGACCACUACACUGUGGAUGUGGUGGUGGCAUAUUACAUCACCACAAGACUCUUCUGGUGGUACCACACUAUGGCCAACCAGCAAGUGCUAAAAGAAGCUUCCCAGAUGAACCUCCUGGCCAGAGUGUGGUGGUACAGGCCAUUUCAGUACUUUGAAAGGAAUGUCCAAGGCAUUGUACCUCGAUCUUACCAUUGGCCCUUCCCCUGGCCAGUAAUCCACCUCGGUAGGCAAGUUAAAUACAGCCGGUUGGUGAAUGACACAUAACAGCUGUACACGGUGGGGAAAGAGGAGCCGUCCGAAGUGCUAAGAACUCCAUGAGAAAAGAUGCCAUAAAAUGAACACCUCCCUUAUCCUGUUAUCUUUCAACAGUGACCUUGACUUAACCGAUUGAGUUACCUGGUCAGCACUGUGAUCUUUUUUUCUCUCCAAAGGACCCGCGUUGGACAACAAUAAAGAAAAUUUAACCUGUCGUGCACUGUACACAUUUCCUGUUCAUAGGCUUGGGAUUUACAUAACCUUGCAACCACCGUGUUCCUUUGUAUAUGAUGCAGCAGCAUAAAUGUAAGCUUUUAUAUCAUAAGUUCUGGUCUUUCCGGUCACACCUGGAAAUAAAGCGUAUUAUUUUCUUGGGAAAACAUACUUUUCAUAUCUCUUGCCCCAAAGAUUGGGCUGUAAGCCAUUUUCUAGCAAAUGUCUCUAUGAAGGUUUCUAAGUACCUGAAUGGGGUUCGAUUCUGAAAUCUUUCUACCUGUUGCACCGAUAUUCAAAUAAAAAUGACAGACACAGAAAGGUUUGGUAACUUUGGAUUUUGUAAAAAUCAGCAGAGACAGUGUGUCAAAAAGUGCAAAAAAAAAAAAAAAGAUUCUGUUAUAAAGUGAUUUUCUAAGUAUUUCCUAACUUUAUUUUUCAAAAUGAUGUUAUGAAAACCAAAUUUAAAGAUUUUUACAUGUCAGAGAAAAGAGAGUUAAAAUUUAAAAAUGCUUCUUGGGAGAGAAAUUUGUCUAUGUUUCUAGUGCCUUUCUUGUCUUGAUUGUAUGGUCAGUAGGCAAUCUUCAAUGUUUUUAUUUAAAAUAAAGUAUUCCAUGAAAAUAGAAAUGUAUGUAUACACUACUAAAUUUUGCAUUAUAGCUAAAUUAAAUCAGAAGACUGCUUAUGGUGUUUAAAUUGCUAUGAAUUAAAGAAUGGGAGAGUUAAUUAGAAAGUCAGAGCCUGUUCCCAUAUUGUGAGCAGGUGGCAAUGACAGGUACCACUUCAAUUAUUUUAUCAUCUAUUUGGUAGUUUGAUUUUAACUAUACAGUGAAAACAGCCAUGAAUACUUUGUUUUGAAAAUGAUCACUUAACUAAAAACUGAAAGCUAUAAAUUAGUUAUCCAUACUCUCAUGGCAAUUUUGUUGGUAAACAACAAAGAAGAGAUCUAUUUCUUUAAAAUAUAUUUGUGCAGGAACUGCAUGUAACUCUUAAGUUUUACUCCUAACAUGAGUAUGUUUGGGGAAGUAUUCUAUUCUACACUUGCCAAUGUGGAGAACAAAAUAGUUUUUUAAGAAUGAAGAAGUAUAUAUAUCCAUUCUGUAUUUUACGUGCAGCAGAAUUAUCUUCCGUAGGGUUUUUUUGGUGUAUUCACAAGGUAAUAUUUGUAUUGUAAAACAAUAAUGGUGAAGGAAAUAAAAAGGCUUUUAAAAUUUUGUUUGUUUUAAAUCUUUGUAAAGUUAUUAUUCCAGAGAGUAUACUGAUAUCUUAUUAACAG